UCUCAGGUGGUGGGAGGACGACACUGUGGCACGCUCGAUUACAGCUAUGGAGCAGAGCUUGGUGAUCCCGGUGCUGCUGGCCAUCUCUGCGGUGGCUGUGACAGUCUUGUACUUCCUUCUGCGAGGCUCUGCAGGGGAGCGGAAGAAAGGGCCCAUCACUCUGCAGGACCCCAUGGUGAAAUACCCAUUACCCCUUCUGAGCAAACAGGAAAUCAGUCACGACACAAAGAAAUUUCGCUUCCGCCUUCCAUCGACGUCUCAUAUCCUUGGACUGCCAGUUGGUCAGCACGUGUAUCUGUCAGCCAAGGUGAACGGGUCUCUGGUGGUCAGAGCCUACACUCCAGUCUCCAGCGAUGACGACCAGGGCUUUGUUGACCUGGUAGUUAAGGUCUAUUACAAAAAUACCCACCCGUCUUACCCCAAUGGAGGGCAGAUGUCUCAACACCUGGACAACAUGGCUAUCGGAGACACCAUAGACUUCAGAGGACCUAAUGGACUCCUGGUGUAUAAAGGGAAGGGUCAGUUUGCCGUCAGAGCCAACAAGAAGUCAGAGGCCACGGUUCAGAAGAUCAAGCAUGUUGGGAUGAUCGCUGGUGGAACAGGCAUCACUCCUAUGCUGCAGUUAGUCCGCAGGAUCACAUCAGAUCCCAGCGACAGCACCAAGUGCUCUCUCAUAUUUGCCAACCAGACUGAGAAAGACAUUUUACUGAGGGAGGAGCUGGAGGAGGUGCACAAGAGCCACCCUGACAAGGUUUCUCUCUGGUACACCCUGGACAAACCUCCACAGGGCUGGAGCUACAGCUCAGGAUACGUGACCUACGACAUGGUCAAGGACCAUCUCCCUGCUCCGUCCACCGAUGUCCUCAUCGUCCUCUGUGGACCCUCACCUAUGAUCCAGAAUGCCUGUCUGCCCAAUCUGGACAAACUCGGACACAGAAAAGACAAAAUCUUUUCCUACUAGUGGUCCUCUCUUCACUGUUGUCAUUAUUGAUAAAAGUUUUCACACGUAACUGACAUCAGAAUCACCACGUAGCCUCUCGAGUUGCUUUAUUUUUCUGUGGAAUAAAGCUGCAGAAUUGAGUGUUAUGAAUUUGUGCCGCAAGCACAGCAUUCAUCGUAAAUACUGUAACUUCCCUAAAAGCCAGAGGUCACGUAGACGGAACAACUAAACCCAACAUCAGCUCAAUCCUGCUUACACACUUUAGCAAUUAAUCCAAAAAAUAUGAAUGCAGUGGACUGAAAUUGUAGCCUGAGAUGUUAAGAUGUUAAAUAAUAGAUGUUUUUUCAUCAACUAAUCUGAGUUAGUGGCAGAUGUACUUUUUCAUUAUUUGAGAAGGGACCUUAUUUUCAAGCUUCUUUGCAACAUGUAUUACUGUCCUCCACAUCUGCUUGACUGCUUUAGUUAUUUACUAAAUGAAUAUUGCAGAUAUCUUUCUCUCUCUCUUUUGUAUUAAUAAAACAAAAUGCUUAGUUAAAAACAGACUGGAUCUACCGAAAGGAGCACGCCAGUAUAAUGUAAUUAGUCAGAUUAAAGAAUUUAUAUUUGAACAAUUGUACAACUAUUUCAGUCUCACAGUUCAUCAUUUUAUUUCAUUCGAAUUUGUUUGAUCUUUAUGUAUU